AUUUAAACAAUCGUGUUAACUUAACAAUUUGAAAUUCAACGUAAGAAAAAAAUUCAUCACAAAAAAAUCUUAGCUUUAAGCUAAGUAAUUAUAAAAGUGAUUUGAAAAAAGAAAACCAGAAACAAAAGGGACGCAAUGAGGCGACUAUAUAUAGGUGGUUACAGGAUCACGUGGAUUAAGGCUCGGCAUAGUUCAUCGUGGCCUUGGAGAAGGAGAUUCUCAGGACAGUCAGCCUGAGAUAUGCCAGGAUCGGCAACGGCAACGGCUUCUCCAAUAGCAACAGAAACGGCUACGGCACGACAUCAUCACCAUCAUCAUCAUCGGCCGAGUGGUAGCCGGCAAUUGCCGAUACCGGCAAUCGAGACGAUAGAACACAGGGUUUUUGCAACCCGACGUGAUCUUUUCGUAUCUGCCACGGUCGAUCCUCGUGCAAGUAGGGCCGUUCAUUGUCCCGACUUGAACGCCUGUUUGAUCAAUGAAUCGCGUAUAGGCCUCGACGAGGUUGAUUGUCGUGCCGUACACUUUGGUUACGCGAUUCCUGUUAACAUAAUACCAAUAAAGGAUAAUCCUGAUUUGGCUGAGCUUGUUUUAGAUCAUACAUCUGAGUUAAGUACAAGAACGACUAGUUUCUUAUUGAAUCAUCAUCCUCAACUUCGUCAACAACAACAACAACAACAACAACAUUAUCAAGAAUUAAGGAAAGUACAGGAGUUAGAGGAAAUACGUGUUAAGGAAAAAGAAUAUUGUCAUCAGGUAGAAGAGGAUAAAUUCUUCAGUAUGGCCGCAACGGCAAAACAUGAUCUUCGUAGAAAAUUUCCUACGGAUACUUCAUCGUCAACGACAUCAUCGUCCGGUGACGAGGACAUAGCAGCUAUAGCGAAACAAAUCAGCGAUCAUGCCGAAGCAAUUUAUCAAACAUGGAAAAGUCGUGGUUUGGAACCUACGGAAAUUUUAAACUGCCACAGUAAUGCCACAGCUGCCGACAAAUUUGGCAGUGCUUUGACACCCACAACUUCACCCGCUAAUUCUAGUGGUAAAACUAUCGAAUCGUUAAAUGCUACUACCACCAGUCCUACAUCAGCGGUAGAUAUUCUCGUACAAACACCGAACUUGGACAAUGGUAAUUUAGAAAAGUUAGUGAACAAUUUUGUAGUUGAGGAUAAAGCUAGGAUAGCCGCUUCUAACCAAAGAUCGCCUUCUAAGACGUUGCCUUCAUCAAUUCAAUUUGCCUUACAAAAAUUUGAAAGAAAUUCGACCCAACAAAAUCAACAAACGUCACCGCUUAAAGGCAAUGGUGGUUCUAUCAUUGGAUCGGGCAACGUUAUGAAUCAAACUAAACAGACUACUAAUUCAUCUCUUAUUCAUUCGCCAACUUCUUCUUUUCCUAAUAAACCAUCCCAAAUAAUAAAACCUCAAGUUUCUACGAAAGUACCUAGCGCCCAUCAUCAAGAAGUAUUCCUUGAAACUAUUGAAACUACUUUUCCAGCUGAUUUAACAUCUCCUAAGAUCGUACAACAAAAGAGACCGGCCAGUACCGUAAUUUCAUCCUUGAUGAACUCUAAUUUAAACUCUGACAAUGCUAGCUCGAAUCCAGGCUUGACCACGUGGCCAUUAAAAAAUAAAUUGGCUGAUGGUAAACGAUCGAACGACAACAACAGUCCUACAUCGGUUAAAACUAUUCCGAGUAAUCCUCAAGAUACUAAGGUUACAUCUGUGGUUAAAGAUGUUAAUAAAAGUACAGUUCGUGGUCGUUCGAAUCGUUUUGUUUGCGAUGAAGCUUUCCUCGAUGAGGUGGCACGAGAAGAGGAAAGAUUGAUAAACGCAUUAAAAACGGGUUCGGUGAUAACGGAAGAACCAUCUGAAAGAACAAGUUCAUCCAUAUUUCAACUUGCCGCUCGACAAAAGCCAGCGAUUAAGAAAGAAAAACCAAAAGUUGAACCGAUCAAGCCAAUUAUUAUUGGACAUAAUCACGAAGGAGUAACUUUAGUACCAACGUCAGCUACAUUAGUUAACAAUUUGACGACUUCGUCGAUCGCCAUUGGAAACAGUACGGAUGGAACGACUAAAUCUUUGAGUAAAAAUGAACUUUCAAACAUGUCUGCGGUAGAUUAUGCCAAAGUAAGGUAUAGAGCGGCACAACAAAAUUCACCAGCUCAGCAAAGACUCGAGGAACAGAAAUCUAUAGCUACGUUUAACACGACAGAACAAUUAGUAUCAAAUGCUAGGUCUAAAUUCGAAUCAGAAUUACGAAAGGAUAAUAAUAAAGAUGUAAACAAUAAAGAUGACAGAGAUCCUAUAACCUCGAGAUGGGGUCCUAGGAUAAAUUCACCAAGGCCACGACUCGAACAAGUGCCACAUCCCGAAUUGACAACACAACAGAAACAACAUAUAAGAGCUGCUGCAGCUACGGGAACUGGAAACAAUCCGGUCAGGCCGUUUCUCACAAGAGGUUCGGUUGCUGAACGUGUUUUGAUCUUCGAAAAAUGUCCUAGCGAAUUAUUAUUGGACAAACGAGGUCCUCGUCCAACUGGUAUCGCCACGUGGAGAACCGGACACGAGGUGCAGAGCAAGGUUCAGAGUUACGUAAAGGAAAAGACACAGCAAAAAAAUUUACCACCACAUACUACGUUACAGAGGCACGUGAAGGCGAACAGAAAUGUUCACAUACCUCGAUUCUACUUCCCUGGCGGCAAACCCACACCUCUUUCUCAACUGGAGGCUACCAUUUCAAGAAUUACUACGGCAUUUCAAAGUUUGCCAGGUCAUCGUGUCUCUCGUGCACAAUUUCACUUGAUCACGAAGGCCUGUGAUUUACCCUUAUAUUGGAAGGUACCACUUUUCCUUGCUGCUAAUAAAGAUCAGACCGAAUUUGUUGAGAUGAGCACUUUCCUUGAAUUUUGGAAAGAGAUAACGAGUACUCAUCAUGAUGCAGCUAGUAAAUUCAUUAGAAUCACUACACGAGGUCUAAGAAAUAACAUAUUACCUGAAGAUUUGAUUCCUUUGGUACAAGAUGUCGUUGAAACGCAUCCAGGAUUAACAUUUUUAAAAGAAGCAAAGGAAUUUCAUUCACGUUACGUUCACACGGUAAUCGCGAGGAUAUUUUAUUGUGUCAAUCGUAGUUGGAGCGGAAAGAUAUCGGUAGCUGAAUUACGAAGGAGUAAUCUUUUAGCGGUAAUAGCUGUUCUCGAACAUGAAGAAGACAUUAAUCAGGUGACCGCAUACUUCAGUUACGAACAUUUCUAUGUAAUUUAUUGCAAAUUCUGGGAAUUGGAUCGCGAUCAUGAUCUUUUCAUCGAUAAAAUGGAUCUGGCAAGACACAACGAUAACGCAUUAUCUACGCGAAUGAUCGAACGGAUAUUUAGCGGAGCAGUUACGAGAGGUGGUGUUAAAAGUGGUGGUGUUAUUCAACAACCAGAAGAUAAAAUGAGUUACACAGAAUUUGUAUGGUUUCUUCUAAGUGAAGAAGAUAAGAAUCAUCCAACUGCUAUCGAGUAUUGGUUUAGAUGUAUGGAUCUUGAUGGAGAUGGUUAUCUGUCCAUGUUUGAGUUAGAAUAUUUUUAUGAAGAACAAUUGCAUCGUAUGGAAGGUAUAGGACUUGAAACUCUACCUUUUGAAGAUUGCCUCUGUCAGAUGUUAGAUAUGAUUCAUCCAGCAACGCCGGGAAAAAUUUCUUUGAGUGAUUUAAAAAAAUGUAAAAUGACAUCAAUCUUUUUUGAUACAUUCUUUAAUUUAGAAAAAUAUCUCGAUCACGAGCAGAGAGAUCCAUUUGCUUCGGCACGUGAUGGUCAUGAGAUGUCCGAUUGGGAUCGAUUUGCGGCAGAAGAAUACGAAUUAUUAGUUGCCGAAGAGAGUGGUAAUGACCAAAAGGAUCAAACAUCUUACGAUUCAACUUCAGAAGAUACAUUUUCGCCAAAUCUCGAUAUCCUAGCUGGUGAACCAGUGGAUGUUGUAUCUCAGGGUGCAGAUAUUUUGUCAAAAACUCAUCAUGACAAUCUGGCAUCAUCUAUCGCUCGUGACCAGUCAAGAAAUCAACAUUAUGAUAGUGGUGACAGUGAUGAUUACGCUGAUAGCGAUAAUUAAAUUGAUUAUAUCUGAAUCUCUAUACACUCACAAAAAUGUUGAGGAGGUUGUGUGCAUUUACUUUUUAUUAUUUUAUUUUAUUUUUUAAAUUAAAGAAUUGAAAACAAAACAAAACAAAACAAAAAAAAAGAAAGAAACAGCAACUUGAACUCUUAGCUGUGUUUAUUUAUAUGUAUAAAUAAUAUAUAAUAUAUAUCUAUGCAUAUAUAUAUAUAUAUAUAUUAUUCUGUUAAAUAGUAAAUGAGAGGACACAACCAUGAAACCUUGUUUAUAAGGUCCAGUAAAUAUACCAGCAAAUGAAAUAUUAGCCAAAAAUAAAAACUAUUAGUGUGACAACGUUAUGUCGUGUGUACGAUGUAAUAAUAGAGAUGUGUCAUCUUAAAAAACAUACAAACUAUCGCAGUAUUAAUGAUCACGAAAUGAUUCUCAGUAUGUCUGUGAAUUAUUUGACCGUGUCGUGUAGUGAGUGCAAGUUCAUAAGUUAAACAAAUUACCGAGUCAUGUAUCAAUUCGGUGAAUGUAAUUAAAAAUAAACGUUGCUCAUUCCAAUGUGCAAUAAUAAACAAAAAGAAAAAGAAAACGAAUAAAUCAUAUUAAAGAAAAACUUAUCUCGCCGAGAUUUACAUGAUAUUAAUAAUUAUUUAAUUUACGUAAGACAUAUAUUUAAACUGAAUUAUCUAUCCUUAAUCACAAAUUUUUCUAACAAAAAUCAUAGUAAUUUAUAUUACAUGCUAAUAAUGUUCAUUCAUUGUAUAUAGAGACACAUAUUUUUUCAUUGUGUCUAUAGCACCGAAUUGAUUCACAACUUAAUAAUAAUAAUAAUAAAAAAAAUAAAAAAAAGAAAAGAUAACUAAAUUUUGGUCGUUGCUUGGCCAUGUGAUACAUAUUAUUGUUCAACGUGCAGAA